AUGGACUACGAUAGCUACAUCCAGCAGCUGACGACGGACUUCGUUCCACAAGAGCGUGCCGAACAGCUUAUCGCACAGGCCGUCUGCACUUACAUGAACGAACUUGCCGACAAUGCCAGCAAUAUGUACCAACAGAGAGUAAAGCAGCGAUGCCAGGACCAGGCUCAGGCCUACGUCUCCAUUAACCAGACAGGAGAGGGGUUGCCCCUCGAGUUGUUCACUAAGAACAUCAAGGCCAAUAAACUUGAUGCACCUAAGUGGAACGCGACUAUCCAGGAUUACCUCGUCACACGAACUCCUGCGGGUAUUCCUAAGCCGAACCCAAAUCAUGAGCAGGAAAUUUUGAACUGUCUGAGUCUUGUCGACCAAGAGAUGGAUGCCGCUUUUCCUCCAGCCCAUCUUCAUGGCGAUAAGAUACCCGACAACCAGCUCUUCGCUGUGGUCAUACCAAUCGGUUACUACAUUGGGAUGAUGGCCGCUACAGCAGUUCUCACGGGUGCAGGUUUAUUAAUCGGCCUUAAGUUACGGCAAGACGAAGAAGUUGGCGUAAUGCCUCGAAUUCCCUUCAGUGGUGACACUUGGGGACGGCCAGGAGGCGGCACAAUUGUAACUAACCCUGGGCCAGGUACAGGUAAUCCCGGACAAGGCCCGUCUCCUCCACCUCCUUUGGUUGCCCCAGACCCGCUUCUGGAGCAGCUUAGGAAGAGACGGAGGCGUGAUAAGAAAAGGGGACGACAGGGAGACAAAGGCAAGCGCCGUAAAGAUCACAAGGACUACUACUUCGGCUAUGUUGAUCGAGUCGAGCCGGCUGGAACAGGUUAUGAGAUCCGCGUGGAGGCAAUCGCCGACAACUCACUGUCAGAUGAAGUCUUUAUACGUGAGCUGGAGAAGCUUGCCGUCGCAGCUGGGAACCCAGGGUUUGGCCGCUACCGUCUUGCACUUAUCUCCAUCUAUGUCCACAAGGUUCCACCAGCUGUCGAGGUUGGGAAGUGGAUCAAUUUCAAGGUUGAAACAAAGAACAAGACGCCUGCUUUGGCAGACAGCCCUGAUGUUUCCGGGCCUUUUACGGAUGGAGUCAGUCGUCUGGAGACCCUGGAACCUAGAUUCAGCUUCUUGAAUCUGAGGAUUGAGUGCUAUUUUGCUAAUAAUGAAGGCUUUGUUGUCCAGACAGACGUCGCGUCAAUCACAAAGGAUAUAACAGCCAGCACCAUGGCCACCUUGCAGGCUGCCUUCAAUUCGUUCAACUUUGUUACGAAGGCCAUCACAGAUUUGUUCGACCUGUUCAUGAAUUCAGAUCCAGAGGAGGAGGAGAAAGACGAAGAACUAUCCAACGACGGGACCCAACCAGUACAACCAGGCUCAAUUCGGGAUCUCUUUGCAGAUAGCUUUCUAUCCAUACGGCUGAAGAAGGCCCGCCCACCCCCUCGCAAACCCAAAGUAGUUAAGCAGAAAGGUGCAGACAUGGACCAAAUCAAGAAGACGCUUUUUCAUUCAAAAGCACAAGCAACAAAAUAUAAUGUCUACGAUGUAGGACAAGGCCACAGUGGAAGAGUGUUUAGCGACAACGCCGAGAUGUUCGCCAGUGACUUUGGAUAUGGAAGGGUCGGUGACCGCCAAGACGCUGUGUGCUCGCACAUGAUAAAAGGCCAAGUAAAUCUACCAAUCCUGCUUUCUCACUGGGAUGCAGACCACUUUCGCAUCGCAAAGAGUUCUGUUGCGAAAAGGUAUUCGGGCUCUCUUCACGAUGUCACUUAUCGCAACUGGGUCGCCCCCGGCGGUAGCCAUAUGCAAGGCACCGUCACACACGAGCUGGCCUGGACCAUUGAGCAACACAAGAAGCUUUUGCAAUGGCCAGACACUGAGCGCCUUCAGGUCGGCAAUGUCACUAUCGUCAGUUGCAAACGCAAUGCCCGCUAUCAGCUGCCAGACAAGAAUAAUUAUGGUGCUCUUGCCCUGAUUUUAGGCCACGGGGACGAGUUUCUCGUAUAUCCUGGCGACGCAAACUACGAGUCAAUCCCAGGCAUAUCCUCCUUGAAUCACAAAGUCAGUGCCAUUAUUGCAACACAUCACGGCAGUACAGUCGCGCUCCAGGAGAAAGGAGGUUCGGUUGGUGCGAGCAUCCCCCAAGCAGCCCCCAACCACUCUUAUGCAAUCUUUUCCUCUGCGAAAGGCAAUACGUACGGCCACGACAUCAAGACUGCAUCCCAGUAUUACCUCAAAGCGGGUUAUCAGUUAUGCGACGCCACAGCGACCUUCAUGUUAGGCGAGGAUACCUUUGAAAUUACAAACUUCGGUCAGAGUUUGUUGGCAGAUAAUUCAUUGUGGACUAGGCCGGAACAUCUACCAACCGCGGCAACAGGUCGAGAGGUUCUGCCAGGCAUACACGCGACAAGGAUGCCUCAGCCUGCGUCAGAUACGGCGAAUACAGCCCAGAAGGAGCCUCCGAUGCCUCGUAGUGACGAAAUCGUUCCACAAUUUCCAGUCCUAUUAACUCUCAGAGGCUCAGGAAAGGGCACGCCAAAGCCAGACCAGGACGAUCUCCUCCCAUAUGCCAUCCGAGACGAGGAUGGCGAUAUCGUCGUCUACGAUAUCAAGGCAUCCAAGAUCAUUCUGGAAAAUCUCCCGCUUUUCAUCCCCUGUACUACCGAUUAUCCCGUCGUAGUUCAGCUCAGCUGUCACGACAUUGAGUUUCGUGACGUCGGGCCAAACGCCCGAGUUGUGCCGCUGGUGCGCUUCAAUGUCGCUAACGGUUUUGAAUGGGCUCGAGGAGCCGAUGCGGGCCAGGACGGACUGUCGGGUAAUCCAGGAUUUGCGGGGGGUCGUGUACGUCUCGCCGUCGCUGGUGAAUGGAAAACUUCUUCCUCUGCCAUGUCCGGUUUCAGCAUACAGUACUGCGGCGGUUGGGGCAGUAGCGGACAGGCAGGUGGAAGUGGACUACUGGGGACAAAUGGAGUAAACGAUGGCACUAUGUUUGUCGACCCCUCAGGCAAAAUAACUUAUACCAAGGGCGAGCCGCAAGCGGGCGGUAAUGGCGGCAAUGGUGGUAGGGGGGGCGAUGCUGGGGGACCUGGAACCAUUGCAAGCUCCGAGGUCUUGGCUAUCAAUAGUCAAUGGCCAGUUGGUUGGAAGGUGGCCAUUGAUACUGGUACUCCAGGGACUGGUAGCGAGUUCGGCAAAACUGGAAACGCUGGGAAAGGCGGACUUGGUGGUCCUGGCGGUACAGGUAGCAAGUACACCUUGGCAUAUCCCAAUAAGUAUGGAAGGUUGACAAGCGCAAAUCUCGAACAGCUUUCGGAGCCUGAUGGCUCUAGUGGGCGAAAUGGCGAUGAUGGCAAGAAAUUUGACGGAUCCGCGGCUCAGUUCAGGAGCGCAAUGGUGAGAUUGAGGAUGAUUGCAACGGAAGACGAGAUCCUUGAUCAGAUGGCGGCUGUGGACUGGAGAUUCUAUUCCAAUUAG